UAUCUCCGAGUCCUGUUUAUGGGAAUUUGUCUUGUUAUAAUCGUACUUUCCUAAUUUUCUCCGUUUGUUAAAGUAGUUUAUGUUCAACUUUUAGAAGAGAUUGGGUUCCAGUAGACGAUAAGGGAGCUUUGGUAUGAUUUAAAGAAAUGAUUUCCCUAUAAGUGGGUUCGUUGAAACUUUGAUUAGCUUCACCAGACAUCACAUCUCACAUCAUUCUUGCUUUUCCAAAUAACCUCCUCUUUUCCUAUUCAUUAACCAACUUAAAAAUAUAUAUUUCCUUUUCAAUAUGGGGUAAAUUAUUGUUUGAUUACUCUGUUUUUGUUAGAAAAUUGAUUAGGUAUAAAGAUGGGAAAAGUCAUUCUACAAGUGGAGAUUGAGAAGAACAAUCCCUCCUAUCUUGACUUUACUAUUGUCAGCAUUCCAGUUUUCCUAAUCAAACGCUAAUAGAAAAUUCAAACACCAAUUUCAUCUCUCUUUUUCCAAAAGAAAAAUUGUUUUCUCUCUCUCUCUAUCUAUCUUGUUGUCAAAUCUGCAGGAACAGCAUCUUAUGGGAAUGUUUUUAAACAUUCCCCAUCUUCUCUCUGUAAAAAUUCAGUGUUAGAUUCUUUCGAUGAAGGAGGUGUUUGGGAGUCCAGGGAAGGUGAGUGGGCUAAUAUUGAGGAUGGGUCAAUGUUUAUUUGCUUCUGCUUCUAUUGCAGUUAUGGCCUCUGCUUCUGGUUUCUCCAGCUCCACUGCCUUUUGUUAUUUAAUAGCAUCAAUGGGGUUGCAAGUAUUGUGGAGCUUUGCUCUUGCCUGCUUGGAUAUCCAUGCUUUAAGAUUGAAGAGAGAUCUGCGGAAUCAUGUCUUUGUGAGCUUGUUCGUGGUUGGUGAUUGGGUGACAGCCACUCUAUCCCUCGCGGCUGCCUGCUCAUCAGCUGGCGUGGUGGUUUUGUUUGUGAAAGAUACAAAUAUCUGCAAAGUUGAGAAUAAACUAUCCUGCGACUUGUUUCAAAUUUCAGUGGCUUUGUCUUUUCUCUCAUGGUUCCUUCUUGCUAUCUCUUCCUGCGUCAUGUUUUUGCUUGCAGCCUCUGACUAAAGGAUAUUAUUUUUCUAUUCAUGUUGUGAAUAUUUCAGAAAUUAUGUACAGGAAAUAGUUAAAAUGUCCUCUCACUGGCUUUCUUCUAAAGUCAUGUUAUGACACUCAGUAUAUUCGGAAAUGAAACGUUCAUCAUUUUUUGUUGCAA